GGCUGCAGCGCCCGCAGCGCAGUCCGGCCGCCUCCCGCGCCUAUUGGCUGAGCCGAGGUGUGAGCGUCGGUCCGAGGGAGUUGUUGGCAAGAUGUGGAAAGCAACUAUCUUUUUGGUCCUGCUGACCCUGGACUCCAGUGAAGGCAUUUUCCGUUCCUUGUAUAAAGGUUAUCAUGUUUCUACCCCAAGCCAUGGUGACCCAGGACAGCCUCUCUUCCUCACACCUUACAUCAAAAGUGGAAAGAUUCAGGAAGGCAAGCAGUUGAGUUUGGUCAGCCCAUUCUCAGGAAUCAACGUGAAGAGUUACUCUGGCUACCUCACUGUGAACGAAACGUAUAACAGCAACCUCUUCUUCUGGUUCUUUCCUGCUCAGGAAAAUCCCAGCGAUGCCCCAGUUGUGCUCUGGCUCCAAGGCGGGCCAGGGGGAUCCUCGAUGUUUGGACUCUUUGUGGAACACGGGCCUUACGUCGUCAACAAGAACCUCACAGUUCGAGCACGAGAUUUUCCUUGGACCGCGAAAUUCUCCAUGUUGUACAUCGACAACCCGACGGGCACCGGCUUCAGCUUUACCGACGACGCCAGGGGAUUUGCAGCCAACGAAGACGACGUGGCGAGAGACCUUUACAGUGCCCUCACUCAGUUUUUCCAGCUGUUUCCAGAGUACAGGAAGAAUGAUUUCUAUGCCACUGGAGAGUCUUAUGCAGGGAAAUAUGUGCCUGCCAUCGCCUAUUACAUCCAUCUCCUCAAUCCCACGGCCAAGGCCAAGAUCAACUUGAAAGGCGUUGCUAUUGGGGAUGGCUUCUCUGAUCCAGAAACUAUCAUAGGUGGCUACGCGGGAUUCCUAUACCACAUUGGGUUGUUAGAUGAGAAGCAGAAAAAAUACUUCCAGAAACAAUGUGCUGAGACCAUCAAGCACAUCAAGGAGGAGAACUGGAAGAAGGCCUUUGAAAUUUUUGACAACCUGCUGAAUGGCGACUUAACGAGUUCUCCUUCAUACUUCCAGAAUUCAACAGGAUGUUCUAAUUAUUUUAACUUUUUACAGUGUCAGGAACCAGAAGAAGAAAACUACUUUGGGGACUUUCUGUCGCUACCAGAAGUGAGAAGAGCCAUCCACGUGGGCAACCUGACUUUUCAUGAUGGUUCUGAAGUUGAAAAGCACAUGUGGGCAGAUUGGUUCAAAUCGGUGAAGCCAUGGUUAGUGGAGAUCAUGAAUAACUAUCGGGUGCUGAUCUACAGCGGGCAGCUGGAUAUCAUCGUGGCUGCACCCCUCACCGAACGUUCUCUGAUGGUCACGAACUGGAAGGGACUCCACGACUACAAGAAGGCGGACAGAAAAGUCUGGAAGGUGCACAGCUCUGAUGUGGACGUGGCCGGCUACGUGCGGCAAGUCGGGGAUUUCCACCAGGAGCCGCCUGAGCCCCCCGUGGCAGGGCAGAGCUUCGCUGGGUGGCAUUGGCUGGGCCGGCCUCCGGGCUCUUUGUCUGCCGCCUCUCCCAAGCGAUAUCCCACGCCUGAGAUGGGAAAGGCCACUGGCUGCCAGGCUAGAGCCUGCGGCCACUAUCUCCUGCGGCCCUUGGAGAGGCGGGACCACAUGGGGACGAAACAGGACUUUUCUGGCUGCCAGAAAUUGUUGGCGGAGAUCCUUCUCCCUUACGGUCCUAAGGCUGCCAGUGGCAGGGCUGGAGACCAGGGAGAGAAGGAGGAAGCUGCGGAGCAACAAAGGCGUUCUCUAUUGUCCUCCGACGGGGACGACAGCCUCCCCGAAGCCCCCCGCAUUCAGGGAGGCCCCAGCAAGCUUCUCGGCAGUCUCUUUUCCAAUAGCAACCAGAAAAGGACCAUGAACUUGCCUCACUUUGGGCCGUUUUUGGGCCGUUCGUGCUCCGGCCGGCAGCUCCAGUCUGCUCGCCUGCAUCUUCCAGGCAGCGGCGUGCGGGCCACCCUCUCGGAGCAGCCAGUAUCUCCUCCACCAGUGGAUCCCCGCGGCCAGGCGGAGGAGGAGGAAGAGGAGGAAGAGGAGGAGGAGCAGCAAGGAGGAGGAGGGACAGGAACCAUGAAAGUGCUCAGAGACCAAGGCUGGGGCUGGGCGGAACGAGGACAGUCCGGGAGUUCUGGGGAGUCCUGA